AUGACGGACGCCCACACCCUGCCGGGCCGAGGCACCGUGUCGCCGGGGGUCGAGCCAGCGGGCGGACUGCAGCUCCAGCGGGGACGCGCAGGCACUGGAGGCAUGGAGAGGCGCCGCGGAGGACAGGGCUCGGAGCGCCGGCUCCCUCCUGCGCUGGCGAUCGGAGCGGCGUGGGGUAUCCCGGGAACGACGGAAAAAUGGAGGCGGUGGGGGGAGGGGCUGCUCGCCGCUUUCCGGAGCGGAAGGCUCGGAGUCCCGGGCGGCGAGCGGCGCUUCCUGGACGCCGGUUUUCAGAAACAGGUUCCACAGGAGGGGCGGGGGGUGCGGUCAGAGCCGCUGGAGAGACGCUCGCAGGCGGGCGGGGAGGAGCGCAUCCCUCGCCGCCUCCGAGCCCGUGUUCACAGGUCCCGCUCCCUCCGAGAGGCUCCCUCCGCCGCGCACAUCCGCCGGCCGGACCCUCCCUUUCUCGCUCGCCUCGCCCUCCCCCCCACCGCGCCCCGGACCCGCUCCGCAGUGGCUCCGGCCUGCCUGCGCCUCGGCCCCGGCGCCCGGACGGCUCUCCGCGCUGCUCCGCCGGCGUCCCUCGGCGCCUCUGCUCCGCCUGGCCGCGGCCCUCCUGCUCUCUUCUCGGCCUCCUUCGCUCUCGCUCAGCGCGCGCGUCCGGCUUCCUGCCUCCCCUCCCACCUUGACGCGCGGCUCCGUCACUUCAUAGACACAGCAAACCACCCACCCGUCCUGCGCGUCCCCGAGGCUGUUGCUACCCGACGCCACGGCAACUUCCUGUCUAUUGGUCAGACGCACUGGCGGCGGCGGCCAGGAUUGGUCGCAGAGAAAGUGGGCGGGGAGAAGGGGAGAAGAGACCCGCCUCGACGCUCCCUGAACGCUGUGUUGCUGGAGGGAGUGACGUGCCCGCGGAAAUGGGAGCUACGGUUCAGCGCAGGAUCACGCGGACAGGACCCAGAGGGUCAGGGGGAGUUCACGCGGAGAUCAUGCCAUCCUGCUCACGCGUGUGCUGGCGGACACGGCUGCCCAGGCCCAGCCUUCGGAGCACCCCGCCAGCACGGACGCCGACACCGGCAGGACCCUGCAGCGUGGCCCCUGACCCCCACCCCCCCCCACUGCAGAGGCACGUCUGUGGCAAGCAGACCCUUGGCAGGGAUCGACCCCCAGAUUCGGUACAGAUGUAUCCACACCCCUCCAACGCACCUGCCCAAUUACUCUUCCACAAGCGUGUCUUUCAAGAGCCAUCAACGCUGCUCUGACAAAUCAUCCAAUAAACUGCUUAGAAAAUCGGAUAACUUCAUCCUGGAAGUCUGAGAUGGUUUCAGUAAAUGAUUUAGUGUCCCUCCCCACAAAGGAUCUUAAACCACAUGACAUUUACAGUAUCACUGCAAGGUGAGAACAGGGAAACCUCAAUAAUACAGCUUCCCAGGUGUUCUUGGUUGUAAAUUGUUCUUGGUCACACGGCAGUUUGCCCACAAAUCACUAGAAACCUGCCGACGUUUGAAGCACGUGACAGCUGAGAUUCGGAGAAGUCUUGUUUUCACACCACCCCUUAAAAACAGAGCUGGAUGAAAUGAGAACACCCACCAAGCAGCUCAAAGACACGGGUACAGCAGAUUGGGGAGGAACACGAGGUCUGGCAGGGAGGGAGCAGUCCUGGGGCCUUCAUGUAACUUGAGCCACGGUUUGGGAAAGUUGAAAAAAAGCCUUGUGUAUGACUCUGCCUGUGUAAACAGCUACUGUCGACCAGUUGAUUGGUACUUGCUUGGGCAGUCAGAGCCAUGGAUAAAAGGGCAAAGAAGGCUCUGCACUGGAUCAGAAGAAGAAAUCGGCCAUCCUGCGUGCAGAGAAGGUGAGCUGCAAACUCCAGCCUGUUGGGCUGUUAACUGAUCUAAGGAUUGAAAGGAUGCUGUCGGAUCAAACAACAUUGCUGGAUAGCUUGUUCUACACUCCUGCCGCCCUUUGUGUAAAUAAGUGUCUCCUGUUGAAAGAUUUCAUUAAUUUCUAUAAAGUUACAGGUGUGCCCUCUAGUUCAUUUUCCUCUAUUGAUUCUGAAGAAAUCUGCUGGGUUAACAAUGUGAGUGACUUGUAGCAGUUUUGAAUACUAUUCUAGAGAAGAGACUCAGUUCCUCCAGCCUGUCAGUGCAGGACCCUCCCUUCAGACUAAAGAGACUCAGUUCCUCCAGCCUCAGUGCAAGACCCUCCCUUCAUACUAAGGAGACUCAGUUCCUCCAGCCUGUCUGUGCAGGACCCUCCCUUCAGACUAAAGAGACUCAGUUCCUCCAGCCUGUCAG